AACUCCUUGCACGGAAGCGGAAGCUAACGUUGUAAAUGUUUUUGUAGAAAUGAAGCGCUAGUUAUUGUUACACAUUUGGUAAAAUAUUGUUUUUAAACCAAAUACUGCAGUUUGACGGUGUUAUUAAUGCGACUUUAAUUAAUGCAUUUAUACUGUCUGAGUGAUGUCAGCUAAAGCAGUUUCAGGUACAAGCAAAGACAGCAGUGAAGUUAUCAAAAACUACCACAAACAGGCGUUUGAGUAUGUAUCGAAGGCGUUAAAGAUCGACGAAGAUGACACAGGAGAGAAAGAGGAGGCUGUGCAGUGGUACAAGAAGGGGAUUUCGGUGCUUGAAAAGGGUAUUACAGUAGAGUUAACUGGAAAAGGAGAGCAAUAUGACAGAGCAAAGAGACUUCAAGAUAAAAUGGUCACCAAUCUCACUAUGGCAAAAGACAGGCUCACUCUGUUAGAGGCAACAUUAGCAUCUAGAAGGAGGAGUGAUCCACAGAAAACCUCAAAUAAUGUUCUUCCACAACCAAAGCCUGUGCCUAAAAGCCAGCCUGCAGGGCGAGGUGUGUCCACUAACACCAGACCCUCCACUGCCGUCAGACCCCCCUCCAGAUCCACUGAUCCAAAGGGGUUCCUACCUCGGGCUGGGAAAGCUCAAAAUGGAAAACCUGCAGCUGUGAGACAGCCCAUAAAGAGGGAUAUGAAAAACUUCAAGAAUGUGGACAGCAAACUGGCCAACUUGAUUCUGAAUGAAAUUAUUGACAGUGGAGCGUCUGUAUCUUUCGAAGACAUUGCAGGACAGGAUCUGGCGAAGCAAGCACUCCAAGAGAUUGUCAUCCUCCCUGCCAUAAGACCAGAGCUCUUUACUGGUCUGAGAGCUCCAGCACGUGGUUUGCUUCUAUUUGGCCCCCCUGGCAACGGGAAAACCAUGCUGGCCAAAGCAGUCGCAGCAGAGUCAAAUGCCACAUUCUUCAACAUCAGUGCUGCCAGUUUGACCUCUAAAUAUGUGGGAGAGGGCGAGAAGCUUGUACGAGCACUGUUUGCAGUUGCCAGAGAACUGCAGCCCUCUGUUAUCUUCAUUGAUGAAGUUGACAGCUUGCUCUGUGAAAGGAGAGAGGGAGAACACGAUGCCUCUCGACGAUUAAAAACCGAGUUCCUCAUUGAGUUUGACGGGGUGCAGUCAGAAGGGGAUGACCGGGUGCUUGUAAUGGGAGCGACCAACAGGCCUCAGGAGCUCGAUGAAGCAGUGCUGAGGCGUUUUGCGAAAAGGGUUUACGUGGCGUUGCCAGAUGAGAAGACAAGAUACACGCUGCUGAAAAACCUUCUAGGAAAGCACGGGAACCCACUGAGCACAAAUGAGCUGUCCCAACUUUCAAAAGACACAAGAGGAUAUUCAGGAAGUGACCUCACGUCAUUAGCCAAAGAUGCUGCACUCGGGCCCAUUCGAGAGAUGGGACCAGAAAAAGUCAGAAGUAUGGCCAAAAGUGAGAUGCGUAACAUCAAGAUGAAAGACUUCCAGGAAUCCCUGAAGCGCAUUAAGCCCAGUGUUAGCCCAGGGACUCUUGAUAUGUAUACCAAAUGGAACAAAGACUUCGGGGACACAACAGCUUUUUGAGCUUGAUUGUUUUUUCCUCUUGUAAAAACAAAAACCUGAAAAUCACAAUAAUGGAUUCCUUUGUUUUACUCUACGGGUAAAAGAUGUCAUUAAUAUUGCCUAUGGAAACUUAAAAACCUGGAAUAAACUCUUUGCUAGGUUGUUAAAGUUAUAAUGAAUAAUAAAGAUUCUGACUUUUGGAAACAUUUCCUAUUUUAUGGGAAGGCUUUUUCCAAUAAGAUUUUUAUGGGUUUCUUUAUUGAAUUAUUACACUGUCUUGCUACUAGAAAUGUUAAUUAUUUAUUCUCAAGAAUGUCCUGCAAAAUUACAAGUGAUUUUCUCUUGCCUCAAGAGGGCAGCAAGUUUCUAUAAAUCCUGACAUAACAUCACUGAUUUAGAUUAUUUGACACAUUCAUUAGUUACGUGAUAUAUUGACAUGUUGAUGGUAGUGAUCACUAAGUGCUCUCUGAAAGAGUGAUAACAAUUGGGAGAAUAUUCACAAAUCUGCGUUCAUUUGUUUUACGAGUGUUAUUUUUUUCCAUUUGCACUUAUAGAAUGUAGACAAAUGUUGUUAUUGUAUUUGAAAUUAGGAGACCUAAUGAGUUGUUGUGUUGGGAGAGUUGUGGAACAAGAAUUGAAAGUUGAAAAGUGUUAAAUUGAGCAGAACUGUAAUGGCUUCCUACUUUGCUCAUACAUCAAUAAAUACUUCCAUU